AUGCAUUGCCACGAAUCAUUUUCUUUUCCCACUCCAAAGGCAGAUCAGGAUCUGAACCCAAAACACCUUGAUAUGUCCAAAGAAAAGGAUAACCCAGAUUAUCGACAACCACUUUACCUUGGUACUUGGAAGAAAUCCAUUCCGUAUAUUGAUGAUGAUAUUGCAAUAGAUGAUAUGGACGAGCCUCAUAUGAAAAGAAAAGUAACAAUAAUAAAAAAAUACCCGGAAAUCGAAAAAUUAUAUGGAUACGAUCUCAGAACAUUACCUUUAACAAUUGUAGCAUGUUUUAUGCAAGUGAUGGCAGCUUAUGUGUUUGGAAAGGUUUUGAUAGAUUGGAAUUUGGCAAUGUUGCUUUAUGGUUAUUUUGUUGGGGCAUUCAUUUCCCAACUUUUUGGCGUAGUUAUUCAUGAGGCAUGUCAUUGUCUUAUAGCUCCAACAGCUCUCCAAAAUCGUAUAAUAGGUUUGAUUGCAAAUAUCGGUUUACCAUUUCCUAUAGCAAUGUCAUUUCGUCGUUAUCAUCUUGAACAUCACACAUAUCAAGGUGUUUUGGCCAAAGAAAAGGAUAACCCAGAUUAUCGACAACCACUUUACCUUGGUACUUGGAAGAAAUCCAUUCCGUAUAUUGAUGAUGAUAUUGCAAUAGAUGAUAUGGAUGAACCUCAUAUGAAAAGAAAAGUAACUAUUAUAAAAAAAUACCCGGAAAUUGAAAAAUUAUAUGGAUACGAUCUCAGAACAUUACCUUUAACAAUUAUAGCAUGUUUUAUGCAAGUAAUGGCAGCUUAUGUAUUUGGAAAAAUUUUGAUAGAUUGGAAUUUGACAAUGUUGUUUUAUGGAUAUUUUAUCGGGGCAUUCAUUUCUCAACUUUUUGGCGUAGUUAUUCAUGAGGCAUGUCAUUGUCUUAUAGCUCCAACAGUUCUCCAAAAUCGUAUAAUAGGUUUGAUUGCAAAUAUUGGUUUACCAUUUCCUAUAGCAAUGUCAUUUCGUCGUUAUCAUCUUGAACAUCACACAUAUCAAGGUGUUUUGGGUGUUUUGGGUUCAGAUCCUGAUCUGCCUUUGGAAUGGGAAAAGAAAAUGAUUCGUGGCAAUGCAUUUUUAAAAUUUCUUUGGUUAAAUAUUUAUCCUAUCAUGUAUGUCGUCAGAGGAUUGGCUAUGCAGAAAAGUCCAAGUUUUUGGGAAUACGUUAAUUGGGUGUUUACAAUUACAACAAAUAUUAUGAUUUACAAGUAUUGUGGAUUUAGAGGUUUAAUGUAUUUGGUUUUAUCAUUAUGGUUUGGUUUUGGUGCACAUCCUGCUGCUGCUCAUUUCAUCCAGGAGCAUUAUACCUUUGAAGAUGGUCAAGAAACUUAUUCUUAUUAUGGGUGUUUAAACAUAGUCUUGAUAAAUAUUGGGUAUCAUAACGAGCAUCAUGAUUUUGUAAAAGUUCCAUGGACAAAUCUACCCCAAGUCCGUAAAAUCGCAUCAGAGUAUUAUGAUACUUUAUCAUAUCACACGUCAUGGGUUAUGUUACUUUGGAAUUUUGUAACGAAAAAACAAUUUGGACCCCAAAGUCGUGUUGGUAGAACACCUGAUGAUCAUAAGAAAGGUCGUAAAAUGUUGAAAAUGAUGAAGGAACAUUAA